UGCCCUUGGUAGUGCCCUUUGUGGUGGUGCCCUUGGUGGCACUCUUGGUGGUACUCUUUAUGGUAGUGCCCUUGGAAACACCUUUGGUGAUGCUUUUGGUAGCAUUCUUGGUGGUGCCCUUUGUGGUAGUACUCUUUGUAGUAGUGCCCUUUGUAGUGGUGCCCUUGGUGGCAUUCUUGGUGAUGUUUCUAGUGGUAGUUUCUUUGGUGGCGCCCUUGAUAGUGACCUUGGUGAUACCCUUGGCGAUGUUUGUGCUUUCAGUAGUGGUUAUAUCCUCAGCAGUAGUUAUGCCCUCAGUG